AUGUGUAGAAGUUUCAUAUGGACAGGGCAAGGUAUAGUGUCAAAGAAAGCACUAUUAGCAUGGGAGAAAAUAUGUAUGCCAAAGUCAGCGGGUGGAUUUAAUAUUAUGAAUAUAGCAAUCUGGAAUAAAGCUGCUAUAUGUAAGAUCAUGAAGGCACAGAAGACUAUGAUGGAUGCUGGUUUCAGCCAUGAUGAUAUCAUAAACAUGAACAGAUGCACUGUCAAACAAAUCUACCACAGGCUGCGAGGUACGUUUGAGAAAGUAAGUUGGAGGAAAGUAGUUUGCCACAAUGGAGGGUGUCCCAGAUGGAAUUUUGUGCUAACUAUGACUGCUCAUGGAAGACUUUACACAAAGGAUAGACUGCAAAGAUGGGGAAUACAAGUUGAUCAAGAGUGUAUAUUAUGCAACAGUGAAAAGGAAACCAUACAACAUCUGUUUUUUGAAUGUUCAUAUGCAAAAACACUAUGGAGCAAACUCUUAGCAUGGCAAGGCAUUGGCAGACCAGUACAAGGGUGGGAUGAUGAGCUAAAAUGGGCAGAGAAAUGGGCCAAAAGGAAGACUGCAACAGCUGAACUAUACAAAAUGGUGCUGGCAACUGCAAUUUACUAUGUGUGGCGGAAAAGAAAUGGUCGAAUUUUAACAACAAGACAAGAGGAUGGGAGACAGUUUGCAAACUGA